AUGGCACGCUCUGUCUUGCUGCCACAUACGCUCUCUGGUGAGAAGGCUACGGACGAACAAGAGUCUCAAGAUGAAUGGGAAGUAGUCGAGGAGAAUGAUGAGAAUGACGCCAGUGCGGCCGCUCCAGACGUGGUUGCGUCCCAGCAGCACGUCGUAUUCUCCCCUACAUUCCAAGUACCAGCGUUCUAUUUCACUGCACAUAGUGCCAGCGGUGCACCGUUGCCCCUGUCCGAGAUCGUCAAGCUACCCCUCCUCAGGCAACAUAUAUUGGCCGGCACUCAUUCUUCUGGCUUUGCUCUGACGGCUCAAGAAUCGACUUUCCCACUGCUUUCGCAAGGCGACCAUCCUGUGCUCGGGACACCAUCUUGGUACCUGCACCCGUGCCAUACUGCAGAGGCAGUCACAGAGCUCCUGUCAGAGUCACGGACUGACGGUGGGUCGGAGGAGGAACGCCUGUCGCGAUGGAUACAAACGUGGUUCGUGAUACUGGGACAAGUAGUAAAUCUGCACUCUGGAACCAUGGCCCAAUAAUGUCCUCACAACUGUACCCUGGUUGUAUUUUGUGGUGCAUGAGGGGAUUGUUCCAUUGAUAUGCACCUCUCUUCGUAUAGCGGAUAUAAUUAUCGUAUGUCGUAGGCUCUGUACCCACCCUAAUAGCCGCCGCAGUCAUGUGUUUUCGCGUUGCUU